CACGUAACAACUCAGUGAAACCUUUAUUUUGAAACCGGAACUUCUCUGUUUAUCUCACCGGAGUGAAACUCGCAGCCGACAUGUACACACGUGGAUAAUAGAGCUCAGCUAAACAGGGAUUUAACGACUUAAUAUCCAGCUGUCUUCCAGAAACUGAGAUGACGGGGAAAGGGAAGCAGCCGCAGAAGAAGAAUAUGGCGGCGAACAGCAGUGACGAUGAAGACUCUGACGUGGAGAGGAACUUCGCUCUGCUCACUAAGAGAGGAGGAACUGAGGUGGGAGAGUCUUUCCACCAAGGAGAGGAAGAGUCCAGUGAUGAUGAGGAAGAAGGGCCUGCUGGUGGGACCGAUGAAGAGGAAGAAGGAGCAGACGUUGCUGAGAAAGCAUCUGAUGGUGGUGAUGAAGAGGAGGCUGCUGAGGGGGGGGAGGAAGAGCAGGAUGAAGACAGUGAAGCCUCUGAUGAUGAUGAUGAUGAUGCUGAUGAGGAAGAUGGAGAUGAAGAUGCAGAAGAAGCUGGUGGUAGCAGUGAGAUCCAGACGAGAGAAGACAUUAAGAAAGAACUCUCCAACAUGUCCUUUGAGGAGAUCAUGAAGCUUCAGAACAAAGUGGGAACCAAAGUGUACAACGAGGUGGCGUACGGCAGCCAGAAGACGAAAGGGCCGAGCAAAAAGAAACGCCUGAACAAGAACAGACCGAUGGAGAUUUCAGCCAAGAGACGAGCUCCGUUCCUCCGUAAGGUCGUCUCCGCCAAGAAACCGACGUCAAGAGACCCUCGGUUUGACGACCUGUCUGGAGAAUACAAACCGGAGAUUUUUGUGGAGACGUAUAAAUUCAUCAAUGACAUCAAACAGAGAGAGAAGGAGAUCGUCAAGAAGCAACUGAAGAGGAUGAAGCCGACCAACGUCCAGAAGAAGGAGAAGCUGCAGUUCCUCCUGAAGAGGAUGGAGAACCAGGAGCGAGCGAGGAAGAGUCAAGAGGAGCAGAGAGAGAGAGAGCUGCAGUUCAAGAGGCAGCAGAGAGAGAGAGCGAGUCAGGGCGACCGACCGUUCUUCCUCAAGAACUCUGAGAAGAAGAAGCUGCAGCUGGCUGAGAAAUACCAGGAGCUGAAGAAGACCGGAAAACUGGACAACUUCCUGAGCAAGAAGAGGAAGAGGAACGCCGGGAAAGACCGCAGGAAGCUGCCCCCCCGAGAGCUGCAGAGCCAAAGCUUUCAGGGACACUAAAACACCUGAAGAAGAACGACGAGCAGCUGGACGGGAAUACAAAGGUGGCGCCGCAGCGGUUUGUUCAUCAUGGUGGAUGAAGGACUGGCUUCAGCUCUUGCAUCACACACACAUUUGUUCCACUGUCAAAGUUACGUUUUCCUCUAUUGGGAAAUGUGUUUGGGGCAUUCAAUGAUUGUGGGACAUCUGAACAUUCAAGGUCUGAAGUUGCAAAGCAGUGUACGUUUAAUUUCAACCUUGAAAACUGAUAUCUGCUAUUUUCUUUUUAGGACUUUCUACUACAUCUCAAGUUUCUUUUUCAGACGAGAGUGGCGUUUGCACAGUUGUCAUUGUAUAAAAGUAAAACAAAUACUGAAAUGUCAGUCGUUGGAGAGUCCCUGAAUGCACCACCAGUGAGAUUGUUCAGUCUUCGCUCAUCAAAUUACUAAAUUUGACUGGUAAAGAUAAUCUCUCUAAAGAAAUUGACUGAAAAAAGUACUUUUAAACUUUUAAUUAAACAAUUUGAUGGUUGUUUCCCAGCAGAUCAAUUAUUGUCAAUUUGUUAGGGAUUUUUAAAAGUAGACAUUUUAUAAAUCUUUCAGUUUGAUUUAGUUUCACACAGAAACUACCUUUCCAGGUUUCCAUCUGUUGGUGCGGUCACAGCUGUUCAGAUGCAGUCACUGGAAACAAUCUGCUUAUCCUCAGAAAUGCUGUUAUAUGUGAAACUCUUUUUAAAUAAAACAUUAUAUGUA